ACGCCAUCCUUCUUUUUGCUUGUUUAUACAUUGACAAACACGAUCCUUUGCCGGCCUUGGAUCUUAGUUGGUCGAUCAAACAUUCCGUUCGUUUACCACCAACCUUAUACCUCGACAUCUGUCUGUGACUUCAACUAUCAGCCUCUCUUUUCACACGGCAUAUUCUCGACACUUCGCUGUACAAUCUAGGUGGUAGCAGCCUGGACACUAUUCAGCAUCUUCAUCCAUAAUUAUCAAGAAGACACUUAAGAAAACGUCACCAUGGUUCGGUUUUCCGUCGCAGCUGCCUUCCUCCUCUCUGCCCUAGGCGUCACUGCCGCUCCUUCGGGAGGAAGACACAACCAUCAGAACACCCAGAACACUGGUGCCACCGCUGGUAACGCCGCCGGUGUUCCCGUCUCCAACUCCGACAUCAGCAACAUCAUUCCCGGCCGCUACAUUGUCGUCUACAACAACACCUUUGGUGAAGAGGCCAUCAGUGCCCAUCAGAUCAAGGUCACCUCGCUGGUGGCCAAGCGCAACCUGGGCAAGCGCGACGCCAAGACCGGCAGAAUCAUGUCCCCCAGUGUUAAGGCCUUCAAGAUGGGCACAUGGCGCGCCAUGGCUCUCGACGCCGAUGAUGACAUGAUCAAUGACAUCAACUCCGCCCAGGAGGUCGAGUACAUCGAGGCGGAUCAGUACGUCAAGCUCAACGCCCUCACCUCGCAGAACUCGACCACCACCGGCCUGGCCCGCCUCAGCCACGCCGGCCCCAGCAAGCAGGCGGCCCCCUACAUCUUCGACAGCUCCGCCGGCGAGGGCAUCACCGCCUUCGUCGUCGAUACCGGUAUCCGCGUCACUCACUCCGAGUACGAAGGCCGCGCCACCUUCGCCGCCAACUUCGUCAACAACGUCGACACAGACGAAAAUGGCCAUGGAUCCCACGUCGCGGGUACGAUCGCCGGUGCCACCUUUGGCGUCGCCAAGAAGGCUAAGCUGGUCGCCGUCAAGGUCCUCGACGGCUCCGGCUCCGGCUCCAACUCGGGCGUGUUGCAAGGCAUGCAGUUCGUCGCCGACACGGCCACCUCGCAGAAGCUCGGCGGCAAAGCCGUCUUGAACAUGUCCCUCGGUGGCGGCAAGUCGCGCGCCAUCAACAGCGCCAUCAACCAGAUUGCUGCCGCUGGCGUCGUCCCCGUCGUCGCUGCGGGUAACGAGAACCAGGACACUGCCAACACCUCACCCGGUUCCGCGCCCGCCGCCAUCACCGUUGGCGCCAUUGACCAGCGCACCGACGCCCGCGCCUCCUUCUCCAACUUUGGUGCUGGCGUUGACAUCUUUGCUCCCGGCGUCAACGUCCUGUCAGUUGGCAUCACCAGCGAUACUGCCACUGACACGCUCAGCGGCACCUCCAUGGCUAGCCCCCACGUUGCUGGCCUCGCUGCCUACCUGAUGGCCCUUGAGGGCCUCACAGAUGUCACGGCUGUUGGCAACAGGAUCAAGGAGUUGGCGCAGAAGACGGGCGCCAAGGUGACUAACAAUGUUAGGGGAACGACGUCGUUGAUUGCUAACAAUGGCAACCUCUAAGGGUUCAAAUACUGGUUGCCUCUCGGGGCAGGGAGUGAAAAAAACAAAAACAAAAAUGAAGGGAUGCUUGUUUUCUUAUGCUGGAGAGGAAUGAUUACUUGAACUGGAAGCGAUCUUGUUACUGUUAUAGUUGUUUACGGAAACGAAGUCAAAGUGUGUAUAUAUAGUCAGCCAAGACAGACCAUCGUCCGUCGUCAUGCUUUGCGAGGCCUGAAUUGGAUGGAAAGAUAAAGGGUUGUUGGAUAAUUCAUCUUUUUGAAUAU